GUCAGCGUUUGAGCGAGUGAGCCAGUGAACCCGGCGGACUCCACCUUCCACGCGAGGCGUGGAUCUCACUCCAUCCUCGCUUACAUAAGGCGGGCGAGCGCGCUCCCGCCGCUGCUUCCCCCCUCGCGGAGUGGGGCCGCGCCCUCCACGCCUCCUCGGCGAGCGCCUCCCAGGACCCCCGCUCGCCCCACUCCAAGAGGCGACUGUCGCCCGACCGUCGGCGGGCGGGCGGCAGCCGGGGCGUCUCUCUCCGGCACAGGAGCGCAAGGACAGGAGUCAGGAGCGCCUCGCCCGCUCGCCUCUCCUCCCACUCUCGCCACCUCCCCUCCCCGGCGCCUGUGCGAUCCCCGCGGGCGCGGGGACCCGAGAGCAGCGCCCGCUCGCUGGGCAGGCGGCGGAGCUGCGGGAGCGGCCGCGGUGGCCGCGCUGCGCCUCCCUGCAUUUCCCGAGUGGGGGCAGAGCACUCGCAGGCGGGCGGGAGACGUCAGUGGCUAGGCGCAGAGGACGAGGGACCUUCAAACUCCUCCUCGGAGGCUCUUCUCCACCCCUUUUGGCCCCUGCCCUUGGAGAAAGUGGAGUGUGGCAUUUGGCCUGCUGUUAUUUCUCAGGACUGCCUGGCGGUGGCCGGAUUCAGCCUCCUGCCCGGCGGGGCUCUCUGCUGUCUGCGCGUCUCCCGGUGGCGUUCCUCUUUCCCCCCGCACACCUCUGCCGACGAUGAGGAAAGGUCUGCGGGCGACAGCGGCCCGCUGCGGACUGGGACUGGGAUAUGUGCUGCAGAUGCUUGUGUUACCUGCCCUGGCCCUGCUCAGCGCCAGCGGCACUGGCUCGGCCGCUCAAGAUGAUGACUUUUUUCAUGAACUCCCAGAAACCUUUCCAUCUGAUCCACCUGAGCCAUUGCCACACUUCCUCAUUGAGCCUGAAGAAGCUUACAUCGUGAAGAACAAGCCUGUGAACCUGUAUUGUAAAGCAAGCCCUGCCACCCAGAUCUACUUCAAGUGCAACAGCGAAUGGGUUCAUCAGAAGGACCAUGUAGUAGACGAGAGAGUAGACGAAACUUCUGGUCUCAUUGUGAGAGAAGUGAGCAUUGAGAUUUCACGCCAGCAAGUGGAGGAACUGUUUGGGCCUGAAGAUUACUGGUGCCAGUGUGUGGCCUGGAGUUCAGCAGGCACCACGAAGAGUCGGAAGGCAUAUGUGCGCAUUGCCUAUCUACGGAAGACAUUUGAGCAGGAACCCUUGGGAAAGGAAGUGUCCCUGGAACAGGAAGUCUUACUCCAGUGUCGGCCACCUGAAGGGAUCCCAGUAGCUGAGGUGGAGUGGCUAAAGAAUGAAGACAUAAUUGAUCCUAUUGAAGAUCGAAAUUUUUAUAUUACUAUUGAUCACAACCUGAUCAUCAAGCAGGCCCGGCUCUCAGACACAGCAAAUUAUACCUGUGUUGCCAAAAACAUUGUUGCCAAGAGGAAAAGCACCACGGCCACUGUCAUCGUGUAUGUUAACGGUGGCUGGUCCACUUGGACAGAGUGGUCUGUGUGUAACAGCCGCUGUGGACGAGGAUAUCAGAAACGUACAAGAACCUGCACCAAUCCUGCCCCACUAAAUGGUGGGGCCUUCUGUGAGGGACAGAGUGUGCAGAAAAUAGCAUGCACUACAUUGUGCCCAGUGGAUGGCAGGUGGACAUCCUGGAGCAAAUGGUCAACCUGUGGGACUGAAUGCACCCAUUGGCGCAGGAGGGAGUGUACAGCUCCAGCACCCAAGAAUGGGGGCAAAGACUGUGAUGGCCUGGUCCUGCAAUCCAAGAACUGCACUGAUGGACUAUGCAUGCAGGGAUUCAUUUACCCCAUUUCAACUGAACACAGAACCCAGAAUGAAUAUGGAUUUUCUUCUGCUCCUGACUCAGAUGAUGUUGCGCUCUAUGUUGGGAUUGUGAUCGCUGUCACUGUUUGUCUGGCGAUCACUGUUGUGGUGGCCCUGUUUGUCUACCGGAAGAACCACCGUGACUUUGAGUCUGACAUCAUUGAUUCCUCAGCACUCAAUGGCGGCUUUCAGCCUGUGAACAUCAAGGCUGCCAGACAAGAUCUCCUGGCAGUGCCCCCGGACCUCACCUCAGCUGCAGCCAUGUACAGGGGACCUGUCUAUGCUCUGCAUGAUGUCUCAGACAAAAUCCCAAUGACCAAUUCUCCAAUUCUGGACCCACUGCCCAACUUGAAAAUCAAAGUGUAUAACACCUCAGGUGCUGUCACUCCCCAGGAUGACCUCUCUGAGUUCACAUCCAAGCUGUCUCCCCAGAUGACCCAAUCCUUGCUAGAGAAUGAGGCUCUUAACCUGAAGAAUCAGAGUCUUGCGAGACAGACUGACCCAUCCUGCACAGCAUUUGGCACCUUCAACUCACUUGGGGGUCACCUCAUCAUUCCUAACUCAGGAGUAAGCUUGCUGAUUCCCGCUGGGGCCAUUCCCCAAGGGAGAGUCUACGAAAUGUAUGUGACUGUACACAGGAAAGAAACUAUGAGGCCCCCCAUGGAAGAGUCUCAGACCUUACUGACCCCUGUGGUGAGCUGUGGGCCUUCUGGAGCUCUGCUGACCCGCCCCGUCAUCCUCACUCUGCAUCACUGCGCAGACCCCAACACUGAAGACUGGAAGAUCCAGCUCAAAAACCAGGCAGUGCAGGGACAGUGGGAGGAUGUGGUGGUGGUGGGAGAGGAAAAUUUCACAACCCCCUGUUACAUUCAGCUGGAUGCAGAGGCUUGCCACAUCCUCACAGAGAACCUCAGUACCUACGCCCUGGUUGGGCAGUCCACCACCAAAGCAGCCGCCAAGCGCCUGAAACUGGCCAUCUUUGGGCCCCUCUGCUGUUCUUCCCUGGAGUACAGCAUUAGAGUCUACUGCCUGGAUGACACACAGGAUGCACUAAAGGAAGUUCUACAGCUGGAGAGACAGAUGGGAGGACAACUCCUGGAAGAACCGAAGGCUCUUCAUUUUAAAGGCAGCAUCCACAACCUGCGCCUGUCGAUUCAUGACAUUGCCCAUUCCCUCUGGAAGAGCAAAUUGCUGGCAAAGUAUCAAGAAAUUCCAUUUUACCAUAUCUGGAGUGGCUCUCAGAGAAACCUCCACUGCACCUUCACCCUGGAAAGACUCAGCCUAAACACUGUGGAACUGGUUUGCAAGCUCUGUGUGCGACAAGUAGAAGGAGAAGGCCAGAUCUUCCAGCUCAACUGCACUGUGUCAGAGGAACCUACUGGCAUCGACUUGCCUCUGCUGGAUCCUGCGAGCACCAUCACCACUGUCACAGGACCAAGUGCUUUCAGCAUCCCUCUCCCUAUCCGGCAGAAGCUAUGCAGCAGCCUGGAUGCCCCCCAGACAAGAGGCCAUGACUGGAGGAUGCUAGCCCAUAAACUCAACCUGGACAGGUACUUGAAUUACUUUGCCACCAAAUCGAGCCCAACUGGUGUGAUCCUGGAUCUUUGGGAAGCACAAAACUUCCCGGAUGGAAACCUGAGCAUGCUGGCAGCUGUUCUGGAAGAAAUGGGAAGACACGAAACAGUAGUGUCCUUAGCAGCAGAAGGGCAGUAUUGACCACACUGGAACUGAAAUUGAGGGACAAAAUUACACAGGGAGUCUGUGUCCAGGGGAACCACAGCUGAGGAGGAAAUCCAGAUGGGACCAAGGCGCUUAUCAGGCAAGAUGGCAGCAGGAAAGGUGGGGGACAGAUAUAACCACCAAGGUACAUGCCCACUUCAUUCGGACAGCACCACCAUGGGAGUUAAGAAAAAUUGUGUAAAUUUGUACCUUGAAUUUAGAAAUCAAUCUAAUUUUCUCUUCGUUGGGCUGUAUGCUGUAUGGUACAGGAUCUUACAGUUUCCUAGGAAACGCUUUUUAUUGCUAUCCAGAUGUAUGGAUAAACUUUCUUAACAAACCCAAUUUCUACAAACGUUGUUUACAUCAAAUUGGACAGGGAUACAGACACUGUCCAUGGCUUGUUCUAUUUUUGUUCCAAUCAUUUGAAGUUGAAGCUGUGGACGGUUUGUUGAGUCUAUUUCAGAUUAGUAAUUUACAGAGAAAUCACAGACUUUUGCUACAAAUCAUGUACAUCAAGUGUCUCAGAUAAUCCUCCCAUCAGUGUUCUGUUUCUGAAACUUGUCGGACCAGUGUUGGCAUUUGUAUCAGGGAAGUGGAGGCUCUAAAAGGAGGCAUUACCAAGGUUCCUUAUGCCAUGGGGGAGCCCAAUUGGUGUCCUUUGGGAACAGAGCUGCAGCAUUGCAGGGGAGACAGUGAUCACGUACCUCCACACAAACAUUUCAGUACCACAUGUGUUUGUAAUAUGCUAUUUCAAGUGUUUUCUAAAAAUAGUAUCAUUGUUAUUGAUGAGUAUUACAAAUAUUCUAGUAAAAAGAUUUUCUUUUGCUUUAGUUAGCAAUACUGUUAGUAUUUGGUAUUGACUAGACCUGCCUCCCUCUCCUGCGUAAAGAGGUGGGCAUGGUCACCAGUUUAGUUCCAUAGGCUUUGCUUCCUUAACCUUUGAUCUACCAUUCCGUGGUGGUGGAGACUGAAAUGCUCACUGGCUAUGUCUGCUCUUGCAGCUUGCUCAGGCAGUCUUUCUGUUCUGGGUCUUAUCAUGAGGAGGGUUCUCUAUGUAAAGCUCAUUUAAUCUUCUGGCUAUCUAUCCGAGAGGCAGUGUGGUUUGUGGGCAAUAGUUCCUGAACUAGGAAUCAGGGAGCCAACUAUCAUUCUGGAGUUGCUCACUGGCCAUGUGGCCUUGGGGAAAACACUGAAACUCACUGUAGCUCAUUUUACUUAUCUGUAAACUAUGGGGUGAGAUCUGAUCAUCUCAAGAUUCCAGAAUGCCAAACUCCCAUUGUGAUGCCAUCAGUCUUAUUCAUCAAUUUGACGAUUAUAAGAGAUUCUAGCCUGGACCAUUUAUCCAGCCAGCCUUUUGCUGGAAUACAUUGCAUCUUUCAGGCAGUAUUGACUUGAAAAGGGGAUUGCUUCAACAUGCAUAUAUUUGUUUGGCUCUCUUGUCUUUGUAUCAUGGUUGCAUGAUGCUGUUCACUGAGAGAUGACAUCUUUUUAUUAGCAUUGUCUUGUCCUCUGUGGGUGGAAGGCUACACUCCAGCCUUCCAACUAGUUAUAAAUCUACUUUACUCAUUUAUUGAUCUCUGGAUCUCAAGACCAUUUGUACAAAAUACCCACGCAGCUGAAGGAAUUGGUACAUUUUUUUCUUUAUUAAUCUUUGCUUUAAUAAUAUUCAGUUGUGUUUACAGAGUUUAAUUAGCUCUUUUAUCCUACAAAAUGUUAUUUGUGGAAACUAUGAGUUUUCCUUGGAACCAUCACCGCUUCUUUUAAUAUAGGACCUCCAUUCAGCAGACAGAGAAUAAAAACUAAGCAGCCCCAGUCACAGUUAGACAAACAGGGAGCACCCAUGUCCUUAAACCAGAGCCUUCAAAAUAUUACUGUGGCUUACUCUGGGGCUGGCAGUAUCCAGUACGCAGAAUAGAUUCAAAUUAGAAGUCAUUUUGCCUGUUUCCUCUCCUAUUCCUGUUCUUGAUAUUCUCUGACUCUUCCGUCGUAGUCAUUAAAGAACUGUGGAUACAGUUGUGGAGGCUCAUCAUUCAUGCUGUUUAUCUUCUCUUUUAGAUAUGUAGUCUACAAUCUCAUUCUCUAACCAUUAGACUAUUCACAUGUAAAACUCCUGGUCCAAGGGGAAUAUUGUACUCCUAAACAAGUUCGGUGGCUGAUGUCUAUAACAAUCAGUUUGUUUUAACACUUAAGAAUUUAGACAGAUAUUCUUAAAAAGCAAGAGGAAGAAAGAAUUGUCCACUGCUGCCUCUUGAAACAAAUAUGAAGAUUCCUUUUCAGUACUGGGAUUUGGGAAUCAUUAUAGAAAUCAAAACCUAGAGAUCUGGCCUGGAUGUCUUGUGUAACUUCAAUGCUUUGUAAAAAGUAGAGAGGAGAAAAUGUGUUACCAUUCUGGUUAAUCUAUCCUAAAAACUGCUAAAUCACCAACAGAAACAUUGAAUAUAAGUAGAACAACGUUGUUGACGCUUUUGAGGGUCCUCUUGUUCAAGUAUAUAGAGAUACUUGCUUUUUGAUUCAGUUUCUCACAACAGGAAUAGGAAGAAUGACUGAUCUCUUAUGAGGUGCUCAUUGUCAUAAAACUACUUUCUAUCAUGUGAAUGAUAGAAACUACAAUGUGUAUGUAUGGUAUUUUCCUUUGGAGAAAAGUAAUAGUAGUUAGAUCACCACUCUCCAACACACAAGGUUCCACACAGCCUGAGGAAAGGGGUACUUGAUGCCCUUGGGUAGAAAAACUAAUCAUUUGUGUAUGGUGCCAUCUAGUGGCCUGCUACAUAGUUACUUGGCUUCAUAUACAGCUUAUUAAAAGUUGACAAAGCAAGUAAGUACCUACAGAGUUUGACAAGAGAUUUGUGACAAAUAGACAUGGAGAGAUUUUCCUUUCAAGUGUUUGCUUUCCUUAUUGUAAUAUUCAUUCAGUUAAAUCACCCAUUUCAAAAUUUUAUGAGUACAUCAUCUACUUGUUCAUACAUAUCUUAAGUUACUUUCUUAUAAUAGACAUAUAUGAAAUCUCUAUAAGUGGUUGAAAGUUGUCUUUUUUAUUUAAGAAUCCCAUUGGGCUUUGCAUAUUUGAAAUCUUUCAGUUCCAAAAUACUACCUUUUAGAAACAUAAACUGUAUUCAUUAAGGAGGUACCCACAUCCCAUAGCUACAUACAUACAUACACACACACACACACACACACACACACACACACACACACACACACACACACACACACACAAACACAGCAUCUCCUUGAGGGUUUUGAGAUUUAUUCUUGCUAGGUAUCCCAGGACAGCCUCAAAUCCAUAAUCCUAUUCCCGUAGGUUCUCCAGUGCUGAAACAUUAAGCAUGUACCAUUACCCCUGCUUUUCAAAGCUUUGUAUUUGUAAAUGAGAAUCCUGUGUCUGUGGAAAGGGAAACUGUGGCUGUUGAUCAAGAAGAAUGACCUUCAGAUCAUGCUGAUCUUCUGAGAUUAUGAAUGUAAAGGCAGAGGCUUCAUGUUCUCAUUUUUUUCUCAUGACAUUAAUUCAAAUUGACUUGAUAGCUGAGUACAAGGUGACAACCAGCAUGUGUGAAGAAACUCACAGCCAAACAUCUUCAAAGCAGACACAUUACCUCUGCUAUACAAAGGCUCCAUCUUCACCUGAGCAAAUUUUCAUCUCUUUAAGGAAAAGAUUCUUUGGGAGAUGAGAGAUCCAGGAUCAAACUGUAUUAUUAGCUAUUUUCAUUUAUGCUAUGAUUUUUAAUCAUUUUUAAAUCAUUCCACUAUCAAAGAGUAGAGACUUUUCUUUAGGGAAAAGUCACAAUGACUACAUUUAGGGUCUUCUAGAUUUCUAGAGUCCAGAUACCAGACUUUCAGUGGUUUUAAAGACAUUUUUCCUAAAAUAAAUUGAAAAGGGAACAUUCAGAGGGUGGGAUCUGGACACGCCACUUCUGGAGAAAAGCAGGCAGGCUCUUGUCUUACAUCUCCACUCAUCUCUGUUGAGGACCUGGCAGCUGUGUUCUUGGGUCACUCCCACAUCCAUAGUCACAGGAUGAAGGGAGCUUCUAAGAAUGAUGUUCUGUCCCGGAAUCCAUCCAUCCAUCCAACCCAUGCUCUGGGGCGACGCAAUGUAGAACCAACUGAAGAAGUUGUGAUGAAAGUAGAAAGAUUUCCUUGUUUCGAGUCUCCAAGAUGAACGUGAGUUCAUUCGCGCUGAGCAAUUGCUCUGGGCAAGUAAUCCAUUCAUAUGCAGUGUUGAUGUAAGUCCAAGGCCAGUGGCAGAAAGGAGGACUGCAGAAACACAGUGGGGGUGGAAUGAGGCUUGAGACAUCUUUUUUGAGAAGAUUUGCUAAUCAGAACAUCAUUGUUCAAACCAGUCACUUGUAAAGAUGAUAAUGGCCAAUGAGCAUCUUAUUUUAUAGAUCCAAAAGGAAAAAUAUUUUUAUUAUUAUCUCGUUAAUAAAACUGGUUUUUGCCUUCCGAGUGCCUCGUGGGACCAACUAUCUUAUUCCUUUAGUUUUGUAUUGUUUUUGUAUUUUUAAGUAUACUGAGCUGACAUUGACUGAAAACCUUAUAACACUCCUUCUGUGCAACGAAAUGCCAUUUCUCUGCCCUCAAGAGAUCCAUUUGUGUCACCUCUGCUUAUCACCUUGACAGGUCCCCUAUAAUGUUUUUGAUGGAAUGGGGACUAUGGGGAAUAUAUAUAUUAUAACCAAUACUAAUUUAAGUUUGUGGUCAUGUAGACUACAUAAAUGUUUCCAAAUCUUGGCAAUUAAGCUCAUUUUUUAAAAGAGUGGAGAUGGCCUGCAUGUACCUGGGUGGAGUAUCUCUUCAAACUAACAAUCCAGCUAUGGAUCCUUUGGUAUUAUUGGACAGAUGGUUGCCCCCCAUGCUUUUAUUUUCUGAAAACUUACUGUGAUAGUCUUCAGAAAGUCCAGUGGGCUUGACUGUUUCCUUUAUUGAGCUGUGGUGGGAUAUUAAUGUGGCUCAUUCAACCAAAGGUUAUUUUCUGCCAGAGGCCUAUUUAAAUGUGGUUGGGGAGGUAUCCUCAGGACAAACACACUCCAUAAACAUAAUAGCAGGCAAACCCAAUGGGAUAUAAGAUGCUACCUGAAAGUCUUCAGUAUCCUCAACUAUAUACUGAAGGGAUCUGUCCCAGGAACUUCCAAAAUCCUAAAUUGGAAGUCCCUGCCAUAUAUGGGACAGUCAUAGCUCAACCCACUUAGUUGUUCAAUAGAAAACCAGGGAGUGUGUGAGAUACAAUCAGCUGUCCACCAACCAUGUUAUUUGCUAUGGCACAAUAGUUUUUUCUGUAUUAUUUGAGAAUUUGUGCUAUGGUAGAAUCAUAAAAUUGCAGGCAACAGUACUGUUGGGCCCAUUUUAAAAAGCUUAAACUCUGUGUCAUCUAUAUAUACCAAAGGCCUAAUGCCGUGGAGCCUGGUGACACCCAGCAGUGGUGACUGUGAACUGUGGGCUGGUUGUACUGAUCAGUAGCCUAAGGGUGAUGAGCUCUUGGCCUUUGAUCUUCACUCACCACUAUGAAGUGGUGACAUCAAAGCAUCAUGAUGAGCUCUAUGCUGUAUGUUAAACCAGUUUUAAGACAGCAUUCAAAGCAAGGUAUCCACAGCCAGUAGAAAAAUGCCUUUGCUGUUUUUGUGUUCCUCCAGUCAUUAAUAGGACCUAUAACUGUACACAUAUGGAUUCUCAUAUUUUUCUUCAGAUCUUGGAAAAGAAAGAGGAGCCAGUUGAACACAUGACUUACAUUCCUUCUUUCACUUUUUUCCUAGACCUACUAUGGGUAGUGAUGCCCUCACCCUCCAGCCAAUGUGUUUAGCCAAGUUGCAGGGAAUAUUAUCACUGUGUGUGUGCACUUGCGUGUAUGUUGGAUGUCACAGUGUUGUGUGUAUUGAGCUUAAUAUUGAGCUGUAGGGAACCAGUAACCUUCCUCUUUGUUCUAAAGAUGAAAACCAAUAUUCAUCAGAAAACAAUCCCCAGCUUUCUGCCAAAGAAAGGCUGGGCCACCCUUGGGCUGUCUUCUUUGGACCAGCUCAACUUCAUAAGUAUCAGGUUGAAAUUUUAUGCUUUGUCAGUUUUUCUUUAUUUUUUUAGGGAAAACAACACAACCUUGGCUUCUCAGAUAUGGAACACUCCUUUGUUAUAGAAUUCUGUCUUGCUGUAUCUUCUAUGCAAUUCCUUUUCUAAUGACCCCUGGUGGCAGAGGAGUGCUCUCCAGCAUUCCACUCAUCGCCUUGCUGUGUGGUGGAGGUGAGGGAUACCAGCUUUGGGUGUGCCUCUUUUCUCUCCCCAGUUGCCUCACCCAAUUUUCCUGCAGUCCCCUUGGUUUGUAAAUUGCCUGCAUUUAUUCUGUCAGCCAACAUGUACAAAAUGUAAGAAAGAAUUUUUAAACAGGUAAUAAAUUAUAUUUAUAAGCAACAAA